AUGCCGGUACAAACAAGUCCACCGUCCUUUCCGGACUCGUUCCCAUCGUUUAUGUCGGUAUAUGGUGGAUUCCCUUCGCGUUAUAAAGAGGACGAGCAUACAAUCCACCCACUCCAAGUUCCAGCCCAUGUUCCAGUGAAUACGAAUUCGUCGCGACGUUUCUUCCCUUCCGUGCAUCGCGAAAGUAUCUCGUCAAUGACCUCGGGCUCGACAGAGUCCUCACCCACGACUACAAUCCCGCCGUUCGACUCUCCUUCCACGGGCGACGUUUCCCCAAGCUCUUCUCCAGAAACCCCUUCGGCAAUGCCACUAUCCUAUCCUAAAUUCACACCACACAUCCGCCCGGUGGAGGUGGGCCCACUGUCCACCAUGACUGCCGACAGCUCCAGGUUAUUGCCAGCGCCAAACCCUGCGCGCCCGGACUCGCCCGGACGACGAGCACGCAACUUGAAGAAUCUUUCAUUACGUAUGCCCCUGCCUUCGCAGUCCCGACCUCCCAUUGCGACUGCAUCGAUGCUCGAGACCUCAUCAAAGCACCACCUCUCUGCCCCACCUUCUCCCAUUCAGAUUCCCCCGAAGAGCGGCCGACGCCGCCCUGCAAACCUCACCAUCCGCACUCCGGGCUUCGAUAAAUCCUUCACUAAUGUUCCCGAUUUGGUUCCCCCGACACCUCUGGGACGUCAGUCCUUGCGACAUGCCGAAUCAUCACCCUCGCUCGCAUCGAUCACGUCUCCUGGCUUUGCCCCGCGGGGUGGUAUGCAGCUUCCCCAGCCAAUGUCACAUCAGGGCACCCGGCGUCUAUCGGCCACAUCAUCUGACGAUGCAGUCUCUCCGUUGACAUCCAUGCCCGACGACGGUUCUACCUUCUCCCAACGCGCGAUUCCUGAACUGGCGGAAGAGGAUGAGCCCAUGGCUUCCCGAGAGUCUACUCGUGGUACCGACCGCGGCUAUCCCAAUGGACCUAUUCGGAUUUACGACACCGGGGUGUUCCUAUACUUGGAACCUACCGCGGAAGAAGCGGCGCAAUUCGACGUGGUAAUUAAUGUCGCUAAGGAAGUCAAGAAUCCCUUCAAUGCGGAAAAUCAAGGGCGGAAUGAUACGGUCAUGAGUACGUGGCGCAACGCCUCGAUGGCCUCGAAGCGGUUUUCUGGCGGUGAUCCCCAGACUGCUAUUUCCGAAAUCUCCUUCAAGUCGGCAUUUGAAUUCCAGCCUUCUGAAUCUGGAUCCGCAACCCCGACUACCCCCAAGCCUAAAUCUACCACCCCCGAAUACAUCCACGUUGGCUGGGAUCACAACUCGGAGAUCCUUGACGAUCUUCUUCCCUUGUGUGAACUGAUCGACGACCGGAUAGCUCAGGGUAAAAAGGUCCUGAUUCAUUGCCAGCUGGGUGCCAGCCGCUCGGCGUCUUUGGUGAUCGCGUAUGGCUUGUACAAGAAUCGAAAUUUGGAUUUCAAUGCGAUGUAUGAACUGGUCAAGGGACGCAGCCAAUGGGUAGGACCGAACAUGAGUCUCAUCUACCAACUCACCGACUACCGCUCUCGCUUACUGCGGGGAUCUCCUUCCUCGCGACCGGCCCCUCGCGAGUGGUUUGUUCAAACUGGUCGCAGAAGCUCCGAGCCUCAGGUCACCCGCGCUGAGCGAGAGGAGGCUCAGCAACAAGCGGCCCAAGGUCUCUCACCGGCACCAUUAAUGGGACUUCUCGCUGCUCCGCCGACCAGAUCCUUGCGCCCACAGACUAGUGGUAAUGGGAAUAGAUCUCCCAAGCGCAGUUUGUCUCCUCGUCCACUGCCCUUCCGACAGAAGUUCCAGUCCGUGGAGCCUGCAUUCGGUCGCCCGCGCGGCAUCCCACGCAGUGUCAGCAGCUGUGACCCACUGGUCCAAACUCACGUAUAUCUUCGUGAUGCUCCAGGAUCCCCCGAUCCAGGAGCUGGCUUCUUCUCCCCAAGAACAUCCGGCUUCUUGGCCCCACCUCUACCUAUACCAUCAUUAUCUGCUCGCGGAGUUGAUAGUACGAUCGCUGAAAACUCCAGCUCGAUACAAUAUGCCAAGGACACUGCUGAUCCACGUUCUCCUCCCGCAGGAGGAGAGCGCAUGAUCCUGAGGAACAUUGAUGAGUUCCUAUAA